AUGCAGAAUGAAACGUUGGCAUUGGGAGUAAUAAAGUCUGUACAGAAACUAUACCUCGAGGUGCAGUUACCCCACGGAUUUUUGGGCCGAGUUAACAUAUAUGAUGUGAGUGAUAAGUAUACUGAACUUUUGAGGGAGUCUGCGGAGACUGGUAUCAUACAGGAUGAUCUUGUUGAACUUUCGGAUAUGUUCAAAGUUGGUCAGACUGUGAGAUGCUUUGUUAAGGAAGCUGACAAUAGUCGUGGGAGUGGUUCCACUAAAAGAUAUCUCGUCUCAUUAAAUCCGAAAAUGGUGAAUAAAGCUGUAAUAUCCAAGCAUGUUAAACCUCAUAUGGUAUUUGUUGGGUCUGUCGUUAGCGUGGAGGAUCACGGUUAUAUAGUAGAUGCUGGUGUUGCUAGAAUGAACUGUUUCUUGCCCAAAGACCAAGUUGAUGUUAACCCUGAUAUUGGCAGUUUGAUUCCCUUUACUCCAUAUGUGUCAGAUCCUCUGCAGGAUAGUAGCUAUAAACGAGUUUUAAAAGUAACCACUCGUUUGGAUUCGACAUUAUCUCUGUUGAGUCCUGAUUCUCGUGUAAACUUUGACUGCUUGCUCCCUGGUACCUGUCUCCAUGCUUCAAUUGUCAAGAAGGUCACAUCGACCUUAGUUGCAGAGUUUUCAGAACAUUUUAUUUCAAUCUCACGCACGCACUACAUCGGAAACAAAGAAGAUUAUCAAAUAGGAGCCAAGGUUGUUGUUUGUAUCAUAUUAGUAGAUCCCAGUACAAAACAAUUGAUGGGCUCUCUGCUUCCUCAUCUAGUCAAUCCUAUACCCUCCGUCCUCAACAUUUCGGAAAUGCUCUCUAAAUGUCCUGUUGGUACACGUUUCUCAGGUUCCUUGGUAGAGCGUGUAAACAAACGCGCUGUUCUUGUCAAAUUACCUAAAACAAAUGGACUCAAAGCAGUUAUCAGAAUACCUAAAACAGGGACAAAAAAUAACGAAAAUUUCAAGUCACUAGUUGUUGGAUCAAAACUGACAUGCCGUUUAACUGAUCAUGACUUUUUAGAGAACGUAGCUGUAGCUACAACAAACAAGUAUGGGAUUAUGUUGGUAUGA